AUGAAUAUCGCAUAUAUUUGUUGUGGUGGUUGGCAUUCCCUGGCGCUCACGACCGAUGGAAAGGUGUACGGGUGGGGCGACAAUACUUUCGGACAAAUAGGAUUUGUAUGGCAACUAAUUGUAACAAAAUUGGGACAUAAUUCGCAUGAAAACCAUUACAAAAGUCUGUUCAUUGAGUUAUCGGCCAUCGGUUCCGGAGGUUUUGGAACCCUGUUGAACACCAAAGGGAAACUCAGAGUCACUCCAAACACACGGGAACUCCUAAAUAUAUGGCUCCAGAAUUGUAUCAAUCUAAGUGCCAUCCCUAAGAGGGCGUCGAGUAGUAUAUCACGUAAAACUGAGUCUAAUGUCUCGACUGGAAGUGCCAUCCCUAAGAAGGUGUCGAGUAGUACAUCACAUAAUACUGAGUCUAAUGUCUCGAACGGAUAUAUAAGUACCAUAUGUGAUGAGGUGAGAUACCAUAUCAGACUUCAUUCAUCCAGGUACUUGUAUAGUGACCACAUUAGGCACCAUAAUAGGAAUAUGAAGAAUAACAUCAUCAUUAUGGCCACCAAUACCAGGCCUAAUAUGACCAUCAUUUCACGCAUUGUCUCGAGACAGUGA